AUGCCUCAGCUGCUGCAAAACAUUCACGGGAUCAUCGAAGCCUUCGGCUGCUAUGCCAGGUCAGAGGGUGGCUGCAAAGUGCUCACGCGGGGGGAGCUGAAGAGGCUCCUGGAACAUGAGUUUGCUGACGUCAUAGUGAACCCCCAUGAUCCCUCGACUGUGGAUGAAAUCCUGCGCCUGCUGGAUGAAGAUAACACAGGGACUGUGGAGUUCAAGGAAUUCCUGGUCCUCGUUUUUAAAGUCGCCCGAGCCUGCUUUAAGACACUGAGUGAGAUUCCUCGGGGUGCUGACAAGUCUGAAGGCUGCUAUCCCGGAUCCUCAAAAGAGCUGGCGCAAGGCCAGAUAGGUGGCCCUGGAGUGGGGAGGGAUGCAGCAGAGCAGUGCCGUGAGGACAGCAGCUGGGGACAGAGGGAUCGGGCGUCUAAAGAACAGGUCAGGGUGGGGACACACACCCAGAGUCAGGAAAGCUACCCUACACAGGUCAGCAGUCACAACAGGGAGGUUGAGUCUCAGAGACAGAAGAGGGUAAGCCAGCAAACACAAGUGACAGGACAAGUGGAGCAGACCCUGAGAACUGAGGACAAGAGUUGGAGCAGAGAGAGGAGGUCAGAGAGGCAGUCACAGACUAGCCAGCACACGGAGGAGACCACAGCCGGUGCUUUCCAGACACAGGGGUCCGCCUGCGGCCAGAACAGAGGGACAAACAGCCAUAGCCAAGACAGGAGCCAGGCAGGCCAAGCUGCUACACAACAUGACCAGACACAGGCAGGGUCUCAUACUCAGACACACACCCAGAGGGAAGAAGAGGGCUGGAGGCAGCAGACAGGAAGUGGCAGCAUCCAGACACAGGAAUCCAUCUAUGACCAGAACAGAGAGACUGAGACUCACAGCCAAGAUAGGAACCAGGCAGGCCAGGCUGCUAAAGAACAGCACCAGGCACAGGCAGAGCCAUACACUCAGACACACACCCAGACGGUGGAACGAGGCAGGAGUCAGCAGGCAGGAAAUAGUAGCAUCCAGACACAUGGGGCCAUCUAUGACCAAAACAGAAGGACUGAGAUCCAUGGGCAAGACAGUAGUCGUGCAGGACAGGUAGGGACGGGACACUUCCAGACACAGGUAGGAUCAUAUUCUCAGACCUUGGAGCACGAUAGGAGCCAGGCUGCAGGUCAGAUAGGGGCUCCAGAAAAGAGACAAACCCAGAUACCGUCAGGUAUGGGGCAAGGCUGGACACCAGUAAGCAACUGUGAGACAGGAGAGCCAGGACUAGGAGGCCAGGUCCAGACUCAGACAAGUACUGUAGAAGAAAGACAAGACUGUAGCAGCAAUCACCCAAGUCCAAAGGGAGGGCAGAGAGAGAGUGUACCCACCGUGAUCAGAGAUGAGUGGGUCAAUGACCACACAAGGGAAAUAGUGAUCCAAAGCCAGAAUCCAGGUAGCCCGCACCCUCGUGUUCCUUCAGCCCAGGGCCAGGAUACAGCACAGAUGGAGGAGAAGAAAGGAAUCACAGCCAAGGGACUAUAUUCCUACUUGAAGACAGACCGGCCAUGA